GAGCCCCCCCUGCCCUCCGACCGCAUCCGAAACCCCGCAGACAUCGCCGUCAUCGUCGUCUACUUCGUCGUCGUCAUGGCCGUCGGGCUCUGGGCCAUGCUGUCGACCAAUCGGGGAACAGUUGGAGGCUUCUUCCUGGCUGGCAGGAGUAUGGUUUGGUGGCCAAUUGGAGCAUCUCUCUUCGCCAGUAACAUUGGCAGUGGCCACUUUGUGGGGCUGGCCGGCACAGGGGCAGCUGCUGGCAUUGCCAUUGGAGGCUUUGAAUGGAAUGCCUUAGUACUGGUUGUUAUCCUGGGCUGGGUGUUUGUUCCUAUCUACAUCAAGGCUGGGGUGGUGACAAUGCCAGAAUACUUGAAGAAGCGAUUUGGAGGUCAGCGGAUUCAGAUCUAUCUGUCAGUCCUUUCUCUGCUCCUCUACAUCUUCACCAAGAUUUCAGCAGACAUUUUCUCUGGAGCUAUAUUCAUCAACCUGGCCCUGGGGUUGAAUCUCUACCUGGCCAUAUUUAUCUUACUGGGUAUUACUGCACUUUAUACUAUCACAGGUGGCCUUGCUGCUGUGAUUUAUACUGAUACCCUACAGACCUUCAUCAUGCUGGUGGGGUCUUUCAUUCUUAUGGGAUUUGCCUUCAGUGAAGUGGGGGGCUAUGAUGCCUUCAUGGAGAAAUUCAUGAAUGCCAUUCCAACGAGAACCAAAUAUGGUAAUAUAACAGUUGAUCCAGUAUGCUACACACCUCGGCAAGACUCUUUCCAUAUCUUCCGAGAUCCCAUCACUGGAGACCUUCCCUGGCCUGGCCUUAUUUUUGGAUUGAGUAUUCUUGCCCUGUGGUAUUGGUGCACAGAUCAGGUGAUUGUGCAGCGCUGCCUCUCAGCCAAGAACAUGUCUCACGUGAAGGCCGGCUGCAUCAUGUGUGGGUACCUGAAGCUGCUCCCCAUGUUCCUGAUGGUGAUGCCUGGGAUGAUCAGUCGGAUUUUGUACACAGAUAAAGUGGCCUGCGUUAUACCCUCAGAAUGUAAGCGAUACUGUGGCACUGAAGUUGGGUGUACCAACAUUGCUUACCCAACAUUGGUGGUAGAGCUUAUGCCCAAUGGAUUACGAGGUCUGAUGUUGUCAGUAAUGAUGGCCUCUCUCAUGAGCUCCUUGACCUCCAUUUUCAACAGCGCCAGCACCCUGUUCACCAUGGACAUCUAUACCAAACUCCGAAAAAAGGCAUCUGAGAGAGAGCUCAUGAUAGCAGGAAGGAUAUUUAUGGUAGGACUGAUUUUCGUUAGCAUCGCUUGGGUGCCCAUUGUGCAGUCAGCUCAAAGUGGACAGCUCUUUGACUAUAUCCAGUCAAUCACCAGCUAUUUGGGCCCCCCCAUUGGUGCUGUUUUCCUGCUGGCUGUUUUCUGCAAGAGGGUCAACGAGCCUGGUGCCUUCUGGGGAAUGGUCAUUGGAUUUCUUAUUGGACUGUCUCGAAUGUUAUCAGAGUUUGCAUAUGGCACAAGCAGUUGUAUGGAACCCUCCAAGUGUCCUGACAUUAUUUGUAAAGUGCACUACCUGUACUUCGCUAUUAUCCUCUUUGUCAUUUCCGUUGUCAUCAUUCUGGUAAUCUCCCUGUUAACUAAACCCAUUCCUGAUGAAAACCUCUAUCGUCUGGUUUGGAGUUUACGCAAUAGAACAGAGGAACGUAUUGAUCUGGAUGCCGGAGAUAACAGUUUGGAGGACCAGAGGGAACAGGAAGAAAGCACUACAACAGACAUAGAAGUUGCUGACGAAAACCCGGGAUGCCUCAAAAAAACCUAUUCUUUGUUCUGUGGUUUGGAUCAGAAGAAAGGUUCCAAGAUGUCUAAAGAAGAGGAAGAAGCUAUGCAGAUGAAGCUGACAGACACUUCAGAAAAGCCCCUUUGGAGAAAUGUGGUGAACAUCAAUGGCAUCAUUCUACUGGCUGUGGCUGUUUUUUGCCAUGGUUAUUUUGCAUAAGUCUGCCUGUGCUGCACAGUAUGGUUAUGAAGGCUUGAAUCACUUUAUUCCUCUUCCCUUUAAGAUUGCACUAUGGGUUAAAGGGAGAUGGAUUUAGUUGUAAACUACUUUUAGAUAGAAGCAUUUGUAUAUUUGUGACCUAAAGAUUUGUUAAUGAAACAAUGAUCUUUGUUGUUGUUUUUAAAAUUUUAAAUACAUGAAAUAGCAUACUUUCCAGAAUUUCAGGAGGCAAAGUUCCAUUUGGUAUCAUAUUGAAUAUGGAGAUUAGAAAGACCUCUGUUCCCCCGAGACUCAAUUUAUUGAAUCUCAACUGCUCUCAUUGCAUAAGCAUUGAUUUUCUCUUAAAAUUUUAAUUCAGAAUUCCGUCUCUAUGGAUACUUUUCUUUUUUCUUGUGUUUUCUCUAUGUUAAAAUAAUGUUAGAAUAAGAAUGUUAAUAUUCUUUCACGACACACCUUCCCCUUUCUUUGGAUUCCCAGGCCUCAUCUCCUUAAAAUGCCUCUUACCUCCCACGAUUGCCAUUAAUCUAGAAGCAUUUGCACUAUGUCCAAUAUUUUUACUCUAAUAGUACGGCACUUGGGUGGGCACUACAAUUGUUCAUGACCAGGGCUUUUUUUGUCUGUAGAAACUUGCUACUACCCAGGGAGGGCCAAGAAAAGGGGGGAAAUUCUGAGAGAAACGUUCUGCCCACCACCACUAAAAAUCUGUCCAGAUUUCAGGCAACCUCCACUAUAGACAGAAUUAUGGAUAGGAAGCGAUGAUCUGUUUCAAUUGUACAGUCUCAAGGUGGCACUAAAAUGUUCCUUUCUUUUCCAUUUAUUGGUGUGUGAUUAGAAAGAUGGGUGUAUACUUUUCACUUCAGUUAGGUCUGCGUUGCCAAAGGUAGUGCUUUGCCUCCAACACCAACAUUUUUGGGAAGAAUUUUCUUUCACAAUCAGGCUCAGACCUAGAAGUUGAAAAUUCUGCAAACAUUUUUGCCAAUUUUAAAACAAAUCAAUCGGUAGUAUGUGUUAAGUGCUUACUACGAGCAGAUACCAAGCAAAUGGGCGAGUGCAGAGAAUUAAUAGACCCGAUAAUAAUAAUAAUGUUGGUAUUUGUUAAGGGCUUACUAAGCACUGUUCUAAGUGCUGAAGGAGCUUACAAUCUACCAGGGGAGUUAAACACUGAAAUCAAAGAUAGAAGGAAGUAGUAGAAUAUAAAGAUAUGCAUAAAGUGCUGCAGUGUACUUAAGUGCUAGGGUGACAUAGACGUGUUAAAAUGAUAGUUGGGAGAUAGACACUUGUGAGAUUAGAAAUCAUAUGGGGAAGAUUUCCUGGGGAACGGAGGAUGCCAAAGGGAAAGGAGUUGCAGGCAAGAAGGAGGGUGUAAGCAAGAGAUCUGUGGUGGGAGCUGUGAGAAUAAGACAAGUAGGUUAACUUGAGAAAAAUGAAGAGUGGGAGCUGGGGUCUGGUGGGAAAAGAGAGUUGAGAUAGCAAUAGUGAGAUAGCAAGAGUAGAUAGGGAAGGCAGAUUAGAAAAACGGUCCAGUCAGCAGAGUAUGGCCCCAAAUUGGGAUUGAUUAAAGGCCAGGAAAUCAGUGUGGAGGCUAAUGCAGGAGUUAAGUUGGCUAGUUGGGUGGCCA